GCGGGCGUGGAUAGGGCAGAGGCCGGGCCCCGCCCCCCACUGCCCCGGUUGCCGCGGCCAGGGUAGGAGCCGCCUCCGCGCCAGCGGGCGGGACCGGGAUCGGGAGCGGACGGAGGAGCAGGAGCGGGCGGAGGGAGGCCCCGCACCGCCGCCAUGGCCGCCAAGUGGCUACUUGAUUAAGUAAUGCAGUCUUCCCAAACUGUGGGUCACAACCCCAUAUGGGGUCACAACAUCAGCAGAUGAGAUAAACGUGUCCUCUGCGAUUUCUGCACCCACAGCGGGGUGCGAGGCUGAAGUUGGGCUGGACCAGCUCCAGGCAGAAACUGCCUUCAUGGCCCAGCAGGUGGGACCCAUUGUGGGAGGGAGCUGCUGCAUCACCACAGCUGCCAAGGCUCGAGUUCUGUAUGACUUUGCUGCUGAACCUGGAAACAAUGAGCUGACAGUUAAUGAAGGGGAGAUCGUUGUUAUUACAAACCCGGAUGUAGGUGGAGGCUGGCUGGAAGCAAAAAAUAGCCAAGGAGAGAGAGGACUUGUACCAACAGAUUAUGUUGAAAUUCUUCUUGAAAGUGCAAAAGAUGGAUUUACUUGUGGCAAUUCAACAGCUGACCAAGCCUUUUUUGAUUCCCUUUCGUCAAACACAGCUCAAGUCAACUCUGCUGAUAAAAGCAAUAACCAGGUUACCAAUGCCAAUGACCCCUGGUCAAACUGGAACGCUGGGAAAUCUGGAAACUGGGACAGCGCAAACUCUGGUGACAGCUGGGCAACCAAACCUGAAAGUGCAGCUGGACAGAAAAACAGUGCUUCAAACAACUGGGAGGCAGCAGGAGCAUUUGGUCACCCACAGGCUUAUCAAGGUCCAGAAUCUCCUGAAGAAUUAUCAGCAGCUGCUGACGAUGAUGAUUGGGAUGAUGACUGGGAUGACCCCAAAUCCACUUCACCACAGUAUCUUGGUUAUAAGGAAUCUGAGCCUUCUGAGGCAGGGGGCCCUCAGCGUGGAAAUACUCGGGGAGCUGCCAUGAAACUACCACUUAACAAAUUCCCUGGAUUUGCAAAACCUGGAAUGGAACAAUAUCUGUUAGCAAAGCAGCUAGUGAAACCCAAAGAGAAAAUUUCCAUAAUUGUUGGUGAUUAUGGCCCAAUGUGGGUUUAUCCUACCUCCUCAUUUGACUGUGUGGUGGCAGAUCCCAAAAAAGGUUCCAAAAUGUAUGGGUUGAAAAGCUACAUUGAAUAUCAGCUCACGUGUACUAACACAAAUCGAUCAGUCAACCACAGAUAUAAACACUUUGACUGGUUAUACGAGCGUCUCCUAGUUAAAUUUGGAUUAGCCAUUCCAAUCCCAUCUCUUCCAGACAAGCAAGUAACAGGGCGUUUUGAAGAAGAAUUUAUCAAAAUGCGCAUGGAGAGGCUCCAGGCUUGGAUGAGUAGGAUGUGUCGUCAUCCAGUUGUUUCAGAAAGUGAAGUUUUUCAGCAGUUCCUUAAUUUUCGGGAUGAGAAGGAAUGGAAAACUGGAAAGAGGAAAGCAGAAAAAGAUGAGAUUGUAGGACUUAUGGUAUUCUCUACUAUGGAACCAGAAGCUCCUGACUUGGACAUGAUAGAAAUAGAACAGAAAUGUGAUGCAGUUGGUAGGUUCACCAAAUCCAUGGAUGAUGGAGUUAAAGAGUUGCUGACGGUGGGACAAGAACACUGGAAGCGUUGUACAGGACCAUUACCUAAGGAAUAUCAGAAGAUAGGAAAAGCCUUGCAGAGCCUGGCACUGGUUUUCAGCACCAGUGGCUAUCAAGGAGAAUCUGAUCUCAAUGAAGCAAUAACAGAAGCAGGAAAAACAUAUGAAGAAAUUGCCAAUCUUGUGGCAGAACAGCCAAGGAAGGAUCUCCAUUUUCUGAUGGAAACAAAUCAUGAAUACAAAGGGUUUCUUGGUUGCUUUCCUGACAUUAUAGGAGCUCACAAGGGAGUAAUAGAAAAAGUGAAGGAAAGUGACAAAUUGGUCGCGACCAGUAAAAUCACACCACAAGACAAACAGAACAUGGUGAAGCGUGUAAGCACCAUGGCUUAUGCACUACAAGCUGAGAUGAAUCACUUCCAUAGUAACCGGAUUUAUGACUACAAUAGUGUGAUCCGCCUCUACCUGGAGCAGCAGGCACAGUUUUAUGAAACGAUUGCACAAAAGCUGAGGCAGGCACUCGGCCGUUUUCCAGUGAUGUAGGAAUAAGCAGGGGUGGAUGAUGAAGAACCUUCCGAAGUGCUUUUCUGGUUUUGGGGGGCAACACCAAUAAAAGCUUGAUAGUCUUUGCCAUCCCAAGCAAACAAUCUGAGUUGCAAAAAAGUGAAAACUUUAACAUAUUUACUUCAUCAGCCUAAAUGCAUCUGAAGCUUAGGUUAUUUUUACCUUGAAUGCCUUCCCUCAAAGCCUUCUUGUGCUGGAAGGUGCUAUCACAUUUAGGAAUUGAUAUUGUCAAACUAGUCUGUUGCCAUGGACUACAUUCAGACUUGCAGGUUAUCAUAAGUUCUUCCAAUUUAUUCUUACUCAGUGUCAGAUGAUUAGGUAUUUUAAAAACAGGCAAGCAGAUAAGGCUGAAAAGUGACCUAAUAAAAACCUGCCCUUUGGUAUUUUUUUCCAGCUACUAAGUAAAGUCUAUAUAUGUUUUACAGCUACACAUUCAAGAUAACCUCUUGACUGUUCUGUUCAGUGAUCUUUUUAAUCAUAGGUGCAGCAUAUAAUCGGUGGCAUGCAGUCUCCAUAACUGGCAAAAUGAUAGUUCACUCCCUUUCCCAUAAUCACUUAAUAUUCUGUUCUUGUGGCACAAAGCUUCAGAGUUUGAGAGUGUUUAGUGCUCUCUCUUUCUCACUUCCGGGUCAAGCACCGUGCAAGAAAACUUUAAUUAAGGAAAGAGCCAUUCCAGGAAGCUGGAAAAAUCUUCUUUAAUACCAGCAUUCUGACAGCCCCUCAAAUAUUAUGCAGCCAUACACUGGUGCUUCUCAGUGCCAUGUAAUGGCCAUCUUCCCUCUUUGCCCGCUCAGGAGUCUAAGGGUAUUGGCGAAGUAUCACUUCUGACCCAGGGUGGUAGACAGCCCAAAAUUACUGCCAACUCAGGUCUUCACAUAGUAGCAUGAAGUGCUACUCGCUCCAUUUCAGCUUUAAUAAAAGGAAACCUAAUUUAAUCUGUAGCAGCUAAAAGGAAGAGUUUCUUGUGUAAACUAAAAAGUGACCUUUGAGGUGUUGAAUAAAAUUGGAAUUUGUGUGGCAAAUAAUUUAUUAAAAAUAGGACUGUAGUUGUAAAUGACGUAUAGUGUUCAGAGCACAGAAGUGGUUGCAUGGAGUCAUUUUUCUUGACUGCCAAAAUGCUACUAAAAGUCUGGACUUUAGGAAAAAACAGCUUGGUGUGGUUACCAGAUGGUAAUUCACAUAAUGCCACAAACAAGCAAGGAUGCCAAAACACAGCUUUUGUUAAAAUUUUCCCUUAAAUUAUUCCUUAAAUUGUUUAUGUUCAUUUUACCCACAAAGCCAUUCUAAGUGACGGGUACCUUAUGUUGAUUCUAUAGUUGCCUUACUUUAUUGUGCAUUGCUGUUUCUGUGUCCUUACAUUUUUCUUUUUUUUUUCUUUAAAAUAAAGAAAAAUCUGGGUCUGUCUAAUAUAAAACCAAAAAAAAAAAAAAAAGCUAGGUCUGAGUCCAGAUACUUGUCAUAGGUUUAUUUCUUAUUUUAUAAAUUCUGUUUUCCCUGCUAAUUUAGUUCUCUUUCAAAUUCCAUAGAGCAGUGUUGUGGUACAGCCAUUUAAAUAUGUACAAAUUGUAAAGAAUGUGUAUAAAUAUUUUAUACCAAAUGUAAGAUCUUGCCUGCAUGUUGAAGCAGCUUAUAAAAUAAAUUGUUACCGUGUGUACAGUAAAUUCUGAAAGCACUUUUUCAAGCCAACAUUUUUCCAGCAUUUUUAUGUUCACUUUUUGGUAAUGAAAAGCUCUUUGUAACUGACUCUUAGCUGGGGAUUUCUUUUUACUGAGCCUUCAGCUGAUCCUGAUGCACUAAGUUACAGGUUCUGCAUCUUUAAUAGAUGGCUUUGGAAUCUAAGCAUUAGAUGUUCACUCCCAGUGCAGGGAAACUGUCAGUAGCAACUAUCAGACGUAUAACAUUCUUUGAAAUGAGCAAAUCUGUUUAACUUCUAGAAAAUGAAGGCCUUUAAACUGAUAAUAAACACUUAUGUAUACCCA